AUGGAUUUCAAGGUCAUCAUCUAUCCGUUCUACGUGCGUCUGUCCAAACGUACCGGAUUGCAGAAACUUUUCGCUAUUGUCAAACGUCAGAAUGAUGGCGAGUACAAAUUUUGGAAGGCUGACGGCACUUAUCACGAGUCCUACGGUCUUGCUAAGGGGAGUGUUUCUAUCUUCCAGAGUCCCGAGUCUAUUCAAAGCACGAACAAAGGCAGUCUGAGCUCUUCGAAGAGACGAUUGACAAGCACACCCACCAAACGUGGUAGUCCAGCAGCACAAGUAUUCGAUGAUCUCGACGAUACACCAUUGCGCAUUAUUCAAAAGAAACGCAAUCUCCAGAAAAUGAAAACACAGUUCGUGAAUGGUCUGGACGGAGGCCCCUUCAUAGACUCUCCCGAUCCUCCAUCCAAGAGACGGGCCACUGCAGACUCAUUUCUUACACAAGCCAGAAGAAGUAGCAAGACCAAGACCUCAUAUAAAGCUACCUUACCUGCCUCAACCGCGUCAAAGAACCCUAGAGUUAGAGGUCGCUCAAGAACGCCUGCCGAGCAUACUGACGUACAGAGACCCACCCGCUCCCUGCUGCAGAUCAACGAAGUAUGCAUGCUUGCCUAUCACCUCACUGGACAGGAUCUCAAACUGAUGUACCGAACCAACGUCUUCACUAUUGAAUCUGGCGAAGGAUCCCUGAUCGACCCUAGGACUGGCUGUGCAUUCGAGAUUGGUGAGCAGCAUGCUUUGUAUGUGCUGUCCAGCAGUGAGAAGUCCCUCAAGGUCAUCUUGAGUAAGGACAACACCUGGAGUGUUAGCGAGUCAAUCGACGAGAUGACUGGAGGUAUCAUUCUGCUCGAGUUUGGCGGUGUCAGUGCCCGUGACGAAUUCAUAGCUGGUAUCAAGCACUUGAUUGGGAUGACUGUAGGACAUAUCGGCUGUGCAGAUGAGUAA